AUGGCGCCAGAAAAGCAUUUUGUCAGCGACAUUGGCAACCUUGUUCAUAAUGCUCUACGAGCUCAAAUUUCAGUCAACUCGUCUCUUUACUUUGAUGAAUCCAACCUGGUUGUCUUCCAUAAGCCCCAGUCUUCUUUUGACAAGGUUAUAUUAAUAGCAGGUGGCGGAUCCGGCCAUGAACCAGCUCAUACUGGAUUCAUUGGAGAAGGCAUGUUGGAUGUUGCUGUCUCGGGUAAUGUCUUUGCAUCGCCAUCGGCAUCUCAGAUCCUUGCUGGGUUGAGAGCCCUUCCAGCGCCUCGUGGAAUUCUCAUGAUUGUGAAGAACUACACCGGAGACAGACUAAAUUUUGGUCUUGCCGCGGAAUCAGCCAAGGCCGAGGGGCUCCAAGUAAACAUGGUUGUAGUCCAAGAUGAUGUCUCUAUAGUUGAUCCUGGACUAGUUGGACGCCGGGGUCUGGCAGGGACUGUUUUCGUGCAUAAGAUUGCGGGUGCAGCUGCGGCCGCCGGAAUGGACCUAGCUGCUGUUACGCGCGUUGCUCAAAAAGCAGCCGACUCGGUGGUCUCCAUGGGUGUGAGCCUUGGUAGAUCAAGCGUUCCAGGGCGUGAAGCCCAGCAAGAGGCGUUCCCAGGUGAUGAGAUGGAAUUUGGAAUGGGAAUCCACAACGAGCCCGGAGUUGUACGUGGAAAGCUGGGAUCGCUAGAGACGACCGUUUCGGUAAUGCUGCAAGCGCUGCUGAAACCUUUCCCAACAACAUGGUAUCCCCAGCCUGGUGAUAGAGUCGCACUUUUGGUCAACAACCUAGGUGGCCUAAGCUUGCUAGAGCUGAAUGCGAUUCUGGAUGAGGUCAUCCGCCAGGUAACAGAUGCUGGUCUCCAGAUCCAAUACACAUUGGCAGACAGUCUUCUUUCAUCCUUGGAUGGCCCAGGGUUUUCAAUAACUUUGUUUAAACUGGAUGAAGAAAUAGAAGGAUUUCUCCAAGCCUCAACAAAUGCACCCUCGUGGCCACGGAAUGUACAUCCACAUGCCAGCUCUACUGCCGCAAGGCGCUGCCUACAACAGGAAAACUCCACGGGAAGGUCCGUGGAAGAAUUCACCAAGGGAAUUCAAGUUCCGAGGUCGCAGCUUCAAAGCGUUCUUGCUGGCAUUCAAAAGUCCGUUCAGAGCGCCGAACCACUGAUUACAUCGUACGACACAACUGUUGGAGACGGAGACUGUGGAACAACACUCUUAGGGGGCAUCAAUGCUAUCAUCGCAAACAUUGACCUUGGCUCGCAAGAGGCGGUUGGCCUUGGUUCCUUUCUUCACAAAAUCUCAGAAAUUGUUGAGAGACACAUGGGAGGAACAUCAGGGGCUAUAUACGCCAUCUUUCUCCGAGCCAUGUCGAACUACCUAAACUCGCUUUCAUCCGAGUCUCAAGACACUGCUGGCAUCAUUUCGGAAUCCUUGCAGCGAAGUUUGGAUACCCUGUAUCGGUACACGCCUGCGAGAAAGGGUCAUCGAACCUUGGUAGAUUCAUUGAUCCCAUUUGUUACCGACUUUUCGGAGAAGAAAAACCUCAAGACAGCCAUUGACGCCGCUAAAAAGGGGUCCGAGAGCACCGUGUCAAUGAAAGCACUUCUUGGCCGGGCUAGCUAUGUGAAUGCUGACAUUAUGGAAAACCAAGCUGUCCCUGAUCCCGGGUCAGUGGGGUUGCAUGAACAUCCGAAUAGCCCUAACGCGCUGAUACAAAUCAUGCCGGCGGCCUCGACCGAAGGCUCUAGCCACAAUGCUGGCCCACCUCUGCUGCGAGAUAUGUGGGCAUUUGCAGGGGUUUCCAUUAUGGUCAUGAUUUUGCGAAUACUUGCAAAGAUCCGAAUUCGAAAACUCGGGUGGGAUGACAUACUCAUGACAUUUGCCUUGGUUAGUGCCUUUUUCCCGCUCGAAACAGGAUGUUUGUCUCUCAUUGGAUCUGCUAUCAUCACUGUGGCCGUCCUGCAUGGCUAUGGCCGCUCUGUCGGUACGGUAUCUGAUGUUUCCACUGUCAUCAUGUAUGACUAUCUGGGGCAGACGUUUGGAAUAUGCGGUGGCGUCAUGGGGCGAAUAGCAUUUAUUGUUCUGAUCAACGGCCUAUUGGCUGCCAGAAAGCAAUGGAGAGUCAUUCUCUGGGCUCUCAUGGUCGCGCAGAUCAUCAUCAAUGUGCUCUUCAUUCUAAUUAUCUUUUUGCAAUGUCCGGGCCAUGCUUCCGCUAUCUGGUCUGAUUUGGAUAACUCUGGAAACUGCUGGGAUUUGCGUGUUCAGACUUAUUAUGGGUACUUUGAAGGAUCAUUCAACUCAGCAACAGAUCUCUAUCUCGCUGCUUUCUCAACCUAUGUCUUUUGGCACUUGAAUUUGAAGCUCCAGGUCAAACUAGGGUUAAUCGUCCUCCUUGGUCUCGGUAUCUUUGCAAUGGCUGCAUCGAUCGUCAAAACGGUCCAGAUCCAUGUCCUGGCCAGCGCAAGCAGUGAUCCAACCAUGGCAACCGUCAAUCUCGAACGGUGGCUAUACAUCGAAACCUAUCUUGUCAUCAUUACCACGUCAAUUCCAUGCAUUCGCCCCCUCCUUCGCCCUUUUAAUAGGAGCCGGGAAUAUUCUCAUGGUACCAGAACGAAUAAUAAUACCCAUGAGUUAAAUUCGCCGUACGUUGGGCACUCGGCAUCUUCAUUCCGAGCUAGGACUCCGAUGUCAGUUCUCAGCGGCAGGACGGGAGGAAGUGGAAGCGGUGCUAAGGUCAUCAGCAAGAGACAUAGUGAUUUUGAGGAAAUUGGGAGUGAAGAUGAGACGGCGUCCGGGUCCAAUAGCGGUGGCCGGGGUGAUGAGGAAUCUCAGGGCUUGGGAACGAGAACGAUGCGGAAACACCGCAAGCAACGUCCUCGACAAACAACUCAAAAGACAAUAACCUUGAAUAUCGCGAAUGGCUCUGUCCUGGGACCAAAUUCUUGGCAUCUUAUUGAUUAUCGGAACUCUCUAUCUCCGAAGCCGAAGCGAAGACUCAACCCCGAUGCCGACAGGAAAAGCGAUCGAAGUCGACAAGUACGCGACGUCGUCUUCAAAGCCCUCACCUCCUCCGGCCCCGUCAUUGCCGACUUUUACGCGACCUGGUGCGGUCCUUGCAAGGCAAUCGCCCCUAAAAUCGCGCAAUGGAGCGAAGAGCACACAGACAUUCGCUUUCUCAAAGUUGAUGUGGACAAGAUGCGUCAAAUUGCCCAGGAAAAUGGAAUCACGGCGAUGCCUACAUUUAUCGUUUUCAAAGAUGGACAGAGUGUGCAAACUAUCCGGGGGGCUAAUGUGCCGGAGCUGCAAAAGGCGAUUGAGUCCUUGGCUGCCUAG